AUGCUACCCUUGACUUUUUCCGCUCAGAUCAUCUCAGGGAAUAUUCCAUGGAAAGAGAAAAACUCGAAUCACAUUGCCAUUGAGCUAUCAAGAGGAGCUACUCCUCUGCGUCCUGAGAACAUGCCUAAUGGUUCCUGGAGCUUGAUCAAAUGCUGCUGGUCUCUGGAUCCCACAAAUCAUCUGGAGACUGCACACAUCCUUGAUCAGUGCAGGAUUGAUGACUCACAGGUCUGGCAACCUGAGUAUUUCAUCAAUGGCUAA